UGUACAUAAUAUAAAAUGUCAGUUUGCCUAAAUUUGAAUUUUACAAAUCAUUUCUAGCAUCGAAGCAUUUUUUUUUUUUAAAUAAGAAAUUUACUGUAAUACACGUUAGUCUAAGCAAAUGUAUUUCACAACUUAAAAAUAUAUCUGCUUUUUUACAAAAUGAAUGAAUCUAUAUAAUAGCAAAAUAUCUAGUAGUAGCAAAACUGGUAGUAGAUAGAAUAAUAACUGAAUCUACUGAGUACUUACACGGUUAGGUGCUUGUACUACGUUCUCAGAACGAUUUAAUGACAGUUUUAUCGAAAGGAAGAUUCUAAUCAACUUUUUAAUAAUGAAAAAUUAUUAAUAUCUGAUAACAUUAAAAAAGAUAUUAAUCAUAUAUAGUAGAACUAAUAUUAUCAUAAAAAGCUAAAAAAAUGACUACAAAAAUUGAAGAUGUAGAUAAUAACUUACCACUUCCCUCUGAAAAAAUGCCUAAAUGUUGGAAUGAAGAAGAAAGGAUUAGUGCUUUGUUUUCCCCUUUUCGAACUAAAUCUGCUAAUCCACAAGAUUGGGUAUCGAAAUAUAAAUUUUGGCAAAAUUUAAUAUAUGAAUGGUUAAAAUACACUAAGAGAAAUAGCUUUUCUAUUGCAGACUUAAAUGGUGCUUUUAGAAGGAAAGGUUGUACACCGCUUUGUUUAGUAACUGUUGUUGAAGAAUUACAUCGGAAUAAUGAAAUAAUUCCAGAAACUGAAUUUUUGAAAGAACCCUGUGAAUCAUGGACUGCAUGGUCAAUUGAUACAUUUGUGAAAAAGCCACUUGUGUGGUCAUUUUCAAAAGUUAGAAGUUAUGUUGUUAAUAAUGAAAUUGACAAAGAGACUAGAUAUAUACAUUUAAAAGUCAUUAAAGAAUUUGGAGAUGUUAUACUUUCUAUUUUAGAAAGAAAAAAAGAAAGUAUUCUUAUACCAUUUUCUGAACUAGUAAAAAGUUGUAAAUCUGACAUGGAUAAAAAUAUAUUAGAUAAUACUAUAAUGUUAAUCUUAAUAUGGUUGAUGCGUGAAAAAAAGGUGGUUUUUGGAAAUAAUGAAAAUCAAAGUGAAUUAUUGAUUAAAAUCGCUGCACAUUCAUCAGAUAGUAUAACAGAAAUUGAAGAAGGCUUAUACAAGUUAAUGAAACAAGAAAAUAUACUUAUAAAAGAAAUAGAACUUAUGGAAGAAGAAAAAAUUAAUAUUAUUAGUGAAGCAAAGUCAUAUUUAACAAAAGGUUUACGGCAGGUAGCAAAAACAUAUUUGAGAAAAAAGAAAGAAUUGGAAAGUACUAUUGAAAAGCGAGCUCAAACACUUAACAAUAUUCAAAGCCUUAUAACAAGUAUUCAAAAUACUCAUACAAAUACUACUGUGAUAUCAGCUUACAAAAUAGGAUCAGAUGUAUUAAAAAAACUUAACGAGAGUUGUUUGUCAGAGUCUAAUGUUAUAGAUAUUGUAGAUGACCUGUCAGAAGCUUUGGAAGAGCAAAAAGAAGUACAAUGUAUAUUAUCAGAGUCUCUUGAGAAUGAUGAUUCAAAUGUUGAUUUAGAAAAGGAAUUGGCAGACUUAAUGAAACUUGAUGAAAAUAUUUUGCCUUCAGUACCAAAUACUAAAUUAAGUUCUACCAUAGAUGAACUUCAAACGAACUUAAAAAACUUACAUGUUGAAGACGCUACUGUGUUCCAUGUAUCAUCUAAAUUGCCAAAAAGGGUUAACAAUGAAAAGAUAUCAAAACAAUAUGAAUGUGUGUAAACAUAAAUAAAAUAUGGAUAUCACCAAA